AGGCCUGGUUUGGCUCGGCCGGUCUUCGUCGACUGCGACUUCCAGGAGUUCGCAGAUGCAUUGGCGAAGGAGUUCGAAGAGGACUCGGAGGCUCAGGCAAAGCUUGGCGCGACGGUGGCGGCGAUUCGACGUCUUUCCGACCGUUACUUGAUGCUCACGCCGCCCUAUGUAGUGCUCAUCACUCGCACCUUCGUCACUUUGGAAGGUCUGGUGGAUCGCGUUGAUCCCGACUACAACAUCUACACCAUGGCUCUGCCCGUCACCUUGCGGCGCCUGCUCUCCCCAGCAACUGCCGAAGCGCGGGAGGCUCUGCGGGAGCGCCUGCUGACUGAGGAUGGCGAGGUGAAGUGGAACCAGCUGGAG